GACUUGUCACUAGGGACUCACGUGGACGGGGCGUCCUUAAAAACCUAGCUCCUGAGUUUUCCUCAAGUUCCAUUUUUUGAGAUUUCCUUCACAUUAUCCCAGUUGUGUCUAUUUAACCCGCGUUACCACUGUUUUACUGUGCGUAUCUUCUCGACUGCUACAGCCCACCCGUUUCGAGUCUCUUGUUGCAUCUUUCUGUUGGUGUAGAAUAUCUCUACCUUCCUCUACAAUCGAGCACCAGACGGGUCACACCAGCGAACUACUUUUUAAGUGAUGACAAUUUCAGCAAUUGUGUCCUCGCUCUGCGUCAUUUGCAGGUCUUGAAUUCCACUUGCAAUACUCGCUGCUGUCUCUGUCCGUGGUGCUGAAAGGUGGUGCUGAAUCGCUUGCCUAUUUAACUUGCACUAACGCUGCUUCACUGCCUCUAAUCAUUGCAGUUUUUUUGUCAAUAUUUGAAAUAAGUUGAUCAAUAAUUUAGAAGUCGUACCGGCGAGUUUUCAUUUUCUAAAAGAGAAAACAUAUGGACAAACUCGCCAACAGAGCCUAGCUGCAUCGAAUUCAUGAAUAGUGUUGUAUUUAGGACAAAAUAGUUGGAUGCAGAGUCGAUUUUGUAGCCUACUCUUAUAUAACUCCGAGAACCCGGAGAUGUUGCUAUUUUGACAAGUAUAAUAAUAAAUUAAGAAGAGGAGAAAACAUCUUGGUUGAAUAUAUGUGAUUUCCGAAUCAUUUUUGGAUUUUCCUGCUGGAUAAAUUCAGGCAAAGUCUCAUCUCAGCAAUCAUCUGAACUUGCUUGCCUCGAAUACCAAUGAUAGUUUGAGUUGAGGCCUCGAAGAACUUAGCUGUGCUGGUAAACAAUGGAGGCAUCCACCAAUGGGUCCAGCUUUGGGAUCGACUCUUUACUUUCCCACAGACCUGGAAGUCCGGUCAUGUCGAAAGGGGACAGUUUGGUGGGAGAGUGCCGGUCACCGCUGGAGUUCAGCCCGAGGUCUGACCUAGAGAGCGGCUGCUCGUCUCCCCCGUCGCCGAGGAGGGAGUGUGUGGAUGAGGCAUUGCAGAGGCAAGGUCAUGCUAUCGGGUUGCCGCCCCAUCUCCAACACGGACAGAUCUCCGCCGGGUCACAGCCGCGGACCGUCACCUCAUCCUUUCUGAUCAGAGAUAUUCUAGCUGACUGCAAACCGCUAGCCGCCUGCGCCCCAUACUCCAGUAAUGGCCAGCCAACUCAAGAAACGGGGCGACUUGCCUCCAAGCUCGCAGAUGACUUCAUGGACAAAAUCCAUAGCAACUCAUCGUCAGACAGCGAAUACAAAGUGAAAGAGGAAGGAGACCGAGAGAUCUCGAGCAGUAGGGACAGUCCGCAUCAUGUUCGGAUGAAGAAACCCAGGAAGGCGCGAACAGCCUUCACUGACCACCAGCUGGCCCAGCUCGAACGCAGCUUCGAACGGCAGAAGUACCUGAGCGUGCAAGACAGGAUGGAACUGGCCGCUUCCCUCAACCUCACAGACACACAAGUCAAAACCUGGUACCAGAACAGGAGAACAAAGUGGAAGAGGCAGACGGCAGUUGGACUGGAACUGUUAGCGGAGGCUGGAAAUUACUCAGCCCUUCAGAGAAUGUUUCCUUCGCCCUAUUUCUACCCUCAAAGCCUGAUGUCCAACCUGGACCCCGGAGCGGCGCUCUACCUGUACAGAGGCCCCUCAGCGCCCCCUCCGGCUCUGCAACGACCUCUCGUUCCGCGGAUUCUUCUGCAUGGUCUGCAGGGGGGUAGUGAACCACCCCCUCUCCCCCCUCUCUCCGGUGUGCUUCCCCGGCCAACACAGCAGCGGUGAGCCGGUCGCUCCGGAUAUAUGCCAUACCUGGCAGACUAGGACUCUAUGUGAUAGAGAGAAAAAAAAAACUAUUUAAAACGGUGACAAAAGAAGUCAUGGUAUUAAACAAUGAACUUCAUGACUGAAUCUCGAACUAUCUAAAGUGGACAGGUUUUUACCAUGCUGAAGUUCUUUAUUUAUUUAUUUAUUUUUCUCUAUGCAUUUAACUUAUAUAUUUAUAUUUUUGUUUACCAUACCUUCAGUGUGGGCUACAUCAGAAAGGGCACGAUAGUUUUACUGAAAUAAUCGUUGCUGGCACCAAGGCUUAUGACAAUGGCACUUUUACUCAGAAUCAUAAAGAUAUUAUUAUUAACAUCAGUAUUAUUAUUAUGCUAAGUUGUCAGGAUACAAUUAUUUAAAAAAAAACAUGCAUAACAAACCAAUGCAUUGGUCUGGAAACUGAAAUAUCAUUCCAAGUUUAGUUGAAUAGCUAAUUGGAUUAUCCAAAGGCAUUUCAUAACGACUAUAAUUUCGUUAUAUUUCUCUUUACAAAGACGAGUUGCGUUUCAUUCACUUUUUUUCAAACGAUGAAAAUAAUAAUCACCAGACAUAGGCUAUAGACAUGUAAAUACGAAUACUUCUUGAUUUGAAAAUAUUUUUUAUUCAUCCAUUUUUAUUUCCUUCCUUCAGAUGACAGUGAUCCAGUACAAAAAAAGCUAUAGAUUAGCCAGAGCUAAAGGCUCAUUUUCUAUCAUUUCAGUGAUAAUCUGGAUGGGAAUAAUGAAGGUCCAUGAGAGAAACAACAUACAAUGCCAAAUUGUAACGAAAUGUAUUUAAAAAUCUCUAAUCAUAAUGGUUUUUAGUUUUUUUGUUUACAUUUUGCCCAAUUGUAUUCAAUUUGGAGUCAGAGUAAGAGUAAAUCAAUUUAUCAAGUAGCAAUGUACCUUUGCAAACCCUUCACUUUUGCUAAACAGAUAAAGACUGAAGACUGAGUCGGUUGCCAAUUUGGGUCUUUCGCCUGUUGAUUUGCUAGGUGUAUUUAAGCAGACGUUGUGGAUGACUUAUGUUAUUUCGUAUCAAACCGUGGAAACCUUGUUACUCUCUUUGGUGAAAAUGUAUAUUGCAGAUAUUAAUUUGUGGAGUGGUUCUCGUAUUUCUGGAUCGUUUUUCGUUCCUCGCCCCCAUUAGCUGAAAUAACUUUUUGUCAAACUGUUCAAACAGCUUAAGUCGGAGCUAUAGAGGGGGAUUUGAAGUAAAAAAUAAUUACUUUUAUAUAUGUGCAAAUAAAGGUAUUUCAUGUAA